GAAGGGGGAGAGGUUCGGCAAAGUCCGGAAACGCUCGGCGAUGGCCGGAGGCGGCUUUUAAGGAGAGGAGCGGCUGCCGGCUUGCCCUGCCUUGCUGUCGUGAGGGGACUCGCUCGCGUGAGCGCUGCCGCCUCGUCCUCCCGCCGCGCCGUGAGGGGAAGGGGCGCGAUGCUGGCCGACAGUCUGGUGGAGGAGUUCGAGAUCCGUGAGGAUGAGCCCUGGUACGACCAGCAAGACCUGCAGCAAGAUCUUCACCUUGCUGCUGAGCUUGGGAAGACACUACUGGACCGUAACACUGAACUAGAAGAAUCUUUACAGCAGAUGUAUGCAACAAAUCAAGAGCAACUGCAGGAGAUAGAGUACCUCACAAAGCAAGUAGAGCUCUUGCGUCAGAUGAAUGAUCAGCAUGCAAAAGUCUAUGAACAGCUGGAUGUGACGGCAAGAGAACUCGAAGACACUAAUCAAAAACUAGUUGCAGAGAGUAGAGCUUCACAACAAAAGAUAUUAAGCAGUCCUUCACCUUUUAGCUUGACAGAGACUAUUGAAAAUCUGCAAACGCACAUAGAUGACCUGCAACAACAAGUAGAAGAAUUGAAAAAGUCUGGACGAGGCCGGAUGAGCCAUGAGAGAUCUGACCAGCCAAGAUCAAUGCAUAGUUUCUCAUGUUUGAAGGAGCUGUAUGAUCUUCGCCAGUAUUUUGUUUAUGAUCAUGUGUUUGCAGAAAAGAUUACUUCAAUGGAUAGUCAGCUGAGUCCUCUAGAAGAAGAAAAUGAGAACCUCAAAAAGGCAGUUACAGUUCUACAAGCCCAGCUUAACCUAGAAAAAGAGAAGAGGGUAACAAUGGAAGAGGAAUAUAGUCUUAUGGUAAAAGAAAACUGUGACCUUGAACAGAGGCUUGUUGAUAUAGACUUGUAUCGGGCUCGUGCAGAGGAGUUGGAAGUGGAAGUAGCUGAAAUGCGACAAAUACUUCAGUCUGAAAACACAUUCCAUAAUGUGGAGAAGUUGGUGCCGGAAUCCUUUUUCAUUUCAUUCAAGGAAUCUUUAGAAAGGGAGCUUGGUCAGAGCCUGGCCGAUGAUGGACUUCUGACUGUAUCAGAGCUUGAGAAGAAGGCACUGAAACGGAGCAGCAGCGAAACUUUCCUCAGCAGUGCUGCAGGGGGAGACAUUCUAAGGGGCCAUGAAGAAACGUGUAUUAGGAGAGCUGAAGCUGUGAAGCAGCGAGGAAUCUCUGUACUUAAUGAAGUCGAUGCUCAGUAUAAUGCUCUCAAAGUGAAGUAUGAGGAACUUUUGAAGAAGUGUCAAAUGGAUGAAGAGUCUCUGAAGCACAAGGCUGUACAGACGCUGAAGCAGUAUUCCAAAGACCCACACGUGGGGAAUACCCAGUGCGAUCUUUCAGCUAGCAAUCAAGAAUGCACAAAUGUGGAGCUAAGUGACUCUCCCACAAACGCUCUUCCCGAAUAUAAAGCACUCUUCAAGGAAAUUUUUAGCUGUAUCAGAAAAACAAAGGAAGAAAUAGAUGAACACAGAGCUAAGUACAAGUCCCUCUCCUCUCAGCCGUAAUGUUGGACACACUGAUGACCCAUUUUCUGUUAUGACUAAUCUUUUAGUCAAGAAGGGGAAAAAACUUUAUACAAGUGUCAGAAGACCCCUGAUACUGAUGUAUUUCUUGAGCACUCAACAUGAAUGUUCUGAGUUGGCUUGUAGACUUGUAGUUAACAAGCUAGUUAGUUAGUUAACAGCUAGUCUCCCUGUACCUAUGUAGCAAUAGAUUUAAUGUUGUUUAGCACUGUCACAUAAACUAGUGGUUGUAAAGCAAACAAACGUGGUAGCUUAAUACUACACUACUACUUCGUACUACACUUAAUCUCUGGCCAGAGCAGUAACUGACACUAGUUUCCUUAAUCCACUUCAAAAAUAACAGAGCUAAGAAGUCUGUACUGUGCUUCUCACGAGGCACCAGACCAAAGCUUUCCUUUGGCUUGCAGGUGAUGAUCUAGCCCUGUAACUAGGUCUGUGUAGAAAAUUAACAAAAAAGGCCCUGACCAGUAUCAUGGGCUGCCUCUCCUCAACUCUUAAGAAUGAAGUUAGCAGUCUAGCUGAACUUGCUUUGGCAGGGAGGUGGAGAGCUGGCACAGCAGCCUGCACUGUGCUUAGUUUAAGCCAAUACCACGUUUUCACAUGCAGUAAGCUCUCCCACAGGUUAGUAUAAAUGUCUUCCUACUAAGAAAGGAUUUGAUGUAAAGUUUGUGUGGCUUUUUAGGUAUGGUUUCUUACGUAGGGCACUUUGUCUUAAGGCAAGAUACUGUGAAUUGAUUAUGGAUGUUAUUUGGGACCUAACUGUUCUUUGGUGGAAUGUCUGCAAAGUACAUUUUUAUGUGUAUUUGGUAAGAUAGAAAGUUGCAGUUUAGCUAUUUAACUGUAGUAGUAGUAGUAGCAUUGACAUAGCAGAAUAGCUUUUAAUCUUCCGUAUCACAAACUCGAAUUGCUUGAAGGAGAGGGGCCAGGUAAACCCUUAUCACCUUGUUUUGUCUAUUGCUUCCAGUGUCCGCUUCUGUGGGCCUGUUCCAUGCUGCCUGUGGGGUGGGAGGAUAGGCAUGCCACUGCCAGAAUGUAGCCUAUGGGAAACAGGGGACCAUGCUCUUGUUCUUCCUCUCCUCCUCCACCCCCUAAUAACUCAUACAUAUUUGGAUUCUGAAAAAUGAAGAACAUGAAGUAUGUUCUUUAAAACUGCUUCAAAGUGUGAAGAAAACAAAGGCUGAGAGAUUGGGGGGGGAAAGGCACAGUGAAAGGUGACAUCUUUCUCCUUACACAGGGUCUUGCAGCAAGGUCAUUUGGUCAGCUGUCUGUGGGAAUCCACUUGCUGCCAGACACCAAACAGUUGGCCCAGAGCGUUGACAAUGUCUCAACUUUAGUUCUGCUGCUGCUGGGGUUCCGUCUGCCUUACGUUGUACCCUGCAUAGCUGCGUAUACUGUCCUUCAGUUGCAGUAUUAAGACUUCAUGUUGUGGGAGUUUCUCUAAAACAUGUAUUGCAUUCUGAAAACUAUUUAAAAAUGGGAAUCUGAAUCUUGUGAAUAUUUUUCUAAGCAAAUAAAUAAUCCAGUCAA